CUUCGCGAUCAUCAGGGGCUAUUUUGCUGUACACCAUCCAAUCCAACCACCUUAAAUACCGCUGAUUGGGGCACAAUCCUUAACCCAGAAAUAGCACUGCUGCACAUUGGUUAGUGCCUCCUCUCCCAACACCUCCUCUUUGCUCACAGCUUCCUUCAACACCUUCGUCCAGAAACUCUCGCAGACAUGGCGGCCGGGAAGCGCACCAUCGGCCUCGCGAUGGACUACUCGCCGUCCAGCAAGGCGGCGACGAGGUGGGUGGUCGAGAACCUGGUGAAGGCCGGCGACCGCAUCAUCCUCAUCCACGUCCUACCCAAGGGAGCAGACGCCAGCCACAAGGGCCUCUGGAAGAGCACCGGUUCACCUCUGAUCCCUCUGCUGGAGUUCAUGGAGAUGAACGUGCAGGCGCGGUACGGGGUCAACCCGGACAAGGAGGUGCUGGAGAUCCUGCAGGCUGAGUCCAAGUCCAAGCAGGUGGAAAUACUGGCAAAAAUAUACUGGGGUGAUGCAAGGGAGAAACUUUGUGAGGCAGUAGAUGAUCUCAAGGUCGACUCUGUUGUGCUUGGUUGCAGGGGAUUAGGGCCCUUAAAAAGGGCACUCCUUGGAAGCGUCAGCAACUAUGUUGUCAACAAUGCAACCUGCCCCGUCACAGUGGUGCGCGGACCAAAUGGAUCACUUGCUUGAAGAUGUCACUUCUGGAAUGAUGGGCUAGCUUGCGUGUUCAUUGGUCCGUCAGCAUAGGUGCAAAUGGUGCUAUUUAAGAGGAUAGUGAUAUUUGCCUCUUUGGAUUUCCUGGCUAUCCUUGUAGUGCAAAUUCAGUGUGUUUUCAUCUGUUAUAUUCUAGUUAUACUACAUUUCUGUUGUUUCUUACAUACUAUUUGUAAGAAAAAAUGCCUACAGACUUGUUCAGUUGUUUAUUUUCGUUUAUGUGAAUGACUAGGCAGGCCCACCAAAGUUGAAUGGUUACUCAAGUUUCUGAAGAGCAUC